AUGACAGAGUACAGAAACCCGAACUUACCCAACAAGUCCUCUGAAGCAAGACAGGGCAGGGAGAACCAGCGAUACAACGAAGAGACUGGUGCUAGAAUUGUUGCCGGGUGCAUAUGCCUCAACGAAACCAAAGACAAGGUGAUUAUGAUCUCAUCCUCAAAACAUAAGGACCGGUGGAUAGUUCCCAAGGGAGGUAAUGAAUUAGACGAACUGGAGUUGGAAACUGCAGUGAGAGAGACUUGGGAAGAGGCGGGUGUUGAAGGGAUUAUUGUUAAAAAGUUGCCCGUGGUUAUGGACUCGCGAGGUCAAAAAGCCCCCAUAAUUAAGGGAGACUUUGACUCAGAACAUAUACCUAAAAGCGAAUUCCAUUUCUUUGAAUUACAGGUUGAUCAAUUGAGCACCACGUGGCCCGAAAUGAAGAAACGUGAGAGAAGAUGGUGUACUUAUUCAGAAGCGAAACAUGAGUUACUCAAACUGAAACGGCCCGAAUUGGUUGACGCGUUGAAUCUGAGCUCGAUACAGAAAGACACUGAAGUUAAAGCUGUUGAUGAGUAUUGA